AUGGAAGAACACCUGUUUAGUUAUGAAAACAUAUUUAGGAGCAAGGACCUAAAUAUUGAUGAGGAAAUAAGGGCGAAAAAUCGGCCACCCGAUGAAGGUGAAAAAGGGGAAAAGGGCCAGAAGGCGGGGGAGGGUGAUACAAGUCCAGGGGGAGUAGUAAAGCCCAGCGAGGCAAACUGGAAGGGGAAUCCAGUAGAAACGGUGGAAGAGGAAUCAACGGAAGUGACUAGCAUGACUAACGUGGUGAACGCGACUAACGUGGCGAACGCGACUAAAAUGGUGAACGUCAGUAUGGAGGGGGAAGACGCGAUCGUUCAUAUAAACAGCCAAAGGAAAUCCCAAUCCAAGAAGAAAAUAAAAAAUGACAUAUCAUCCCUUUUUGCGGAUUCGUCCUCAGAAGUGAUGGGCCCAAUGGGGAAACCAUCCAGGGACAACAGUGAAAUUAACUUUUGGUUCUCUGGAAAAGGGACCACAGCUGGAGGGGAAGUGAACGAACGAGCAAAUAGCGAAGCGGACCGACAAGUGGGAGAGAAAGACCCAAAGCAUGACAACAGUUGGACAACCCCAAUUGGUAAUAAUCCAGAUGGGGCCACGAAUGUGAAAUGUAGAAGAAGCGAGGAUGGUGACAACUGUGGAAUACAAAACGGUGCAAAUGGUGUUGAUAUCUCCAUUGGUGGUUGCAAUGAAGAAAAACACAUUCGUAAUGAUGGGGGAGAUGUACCGGAUUGGACACCUCAAGUGAUCAGUAGUGAUCUGGUUCGGGAUGUGAAUCACCUGGAUGACUGCAAAAAUGGUUCUAAUGAGGAGGGAGGGGAAGGUGCUCCCAGGGGAGGUACAUCGAAGACGAUGGAGGAUAAAUCAACACAUGAUAAUGUGGAAGGUGGCACAACCAUCAAGACUGCUACAACGACCACACCUUCAGCAAUCACCCUAUGCUUCGGAACGAACGGAACCAUUUGCUACACGAAGGGAAGAAAGAUAAUGUUCGCACCGCUGAUUUGCGUAUUAAAGAGGGGUAUUCGGACGAAGAGUGAGGGUUCGCAUGUCGGUCCUGGUCCCACCUGUGCCAACCAUAGUGAUAGCAUUGGCACGUGGAAUAACAGGCUACAGGAACAACUGUACGCAGUAGAAAAUUUUCCGGGACCAUUUAGCAGAAGAACCGACAAGGUUGACAAGAAGGUAAUUAAUUUCUUGCGUGGUCAUAUAAAAAUAAAUGAAGAAAAAUAUGGGAGCAGUAUUUAUGAGUACACGCAGAAGAAUUCCCUUUACAAUUACCUGCUGAAUAUAAUGAUGAGGAGUCCUCACGUGUUAGACUUUAACUUAAAAGAGGUGCGUGUUGAUAGGAGCGCUGCGAAACGAGAUGAGAGUGAGAAGGGGAGAAAUGUUGUAUCGUACUUUGUGGAAUCGUCCCGUGACCAGGGGGAUGGUCCACACAGCAGAAAUGGCUACCAAGGAGGUAGAAGUGAUUAUCCCAGUUAUCACCACGAUUGUAGUGGAAUCCUCUGUGCAAGUGAAAACAACCCGAGGAGGGAAUCAUUGAAUCAAGAUGAACAGAGAGGAGACAGUACCUCCGAUGUUGGUGAAAAGGGUACAUUGUACAAUAACAGAACUGACAUGGACAAAUUUGAAAUAACUGGGGGAGGCGACAAUGGAAGAGAAACAGAGAAGAGAGAAUUCCCUUGUUCGGAUAUCUACCAAGGAGAUAAUGGCAGUUGGCACAAAAGUGUAUAUUGUAGAGAGACUUCGUCCUUCAAUCCAUCAGCAACAUGGAGUGAUGCAAAGGGAUGUAAGAAAAAAAUGAAGAAAGUGUUUGUACAUAACGAACAAUACGAAUUCAACGACUUGGUGGAUCCGAACUUCAUUAAUGCAUUCUCCAAAAUGGGAGCGAAAGAAAAAAUUACAAGAGAAGACAUAUACCUGGAGUAUUACCACCUCUGUAUAUAUAACAGUGAAGAAGCAACAAAGCUAUGCGUGGAAAAAAAUUUAUUUAAACACUUCUUUCUUAUUUUAAAAAAAUACAAUAAUGAAAAAUAUAAACUAAUGCUUAGUAAGUAUAUACGCCAUUUAAAAAACAGUAUGGACCAUGAUAUUGAAAUAACUGAUGGAAUGAAAAAUAUUUUUCGGAUUUAUAACCCUAGUGUACACAACGAUAUUGUUAAAGAAUCCUUCGUCUUUUUAAUUUCUUUAUUAAACAAGGAAAGUAUAACCUUUGAAAAGAAUAUUCUGAUAAAAUACUGGUAUUCUUUUUAUGUUUUGAUAUAUCAUAAUUUCGUCUUUCAGUUCGAAGAGAAUGAAUUGAAUUACGAGGAGUACAAGGAUGACAUUCACAUAUUUUUUUCCUUUUUAAUAAAACAGUUGUAUAUGCACGGGCGUGUGACUGAGUCUCAGUUUCUCUACCUACAGUUGUAUGGAAAUCCUUGCGUUUUUAAUGUGGCUACGCAGGGGGAACUCGCUACUUAUUUGGAUGCACAGAAUGUGCAGAACACAGUAUGGGGGGGCCCGCACUUUGAUGUCCUCACCUUCCAGAUGUGUGAAAUCAUAGAAUACCUCAACAGAUCCAAUGAAGACAACUUUUUUUACGAAGAUCUAAUAAGGCAUAAAAUUGAAUACGCCUUUACUCUCCUAGAAUUGGGGGUUCUAGAGCUAGCUAAAAAGUAUAUAGAAAUUAUAUAUUAUUAUGUAGAUGUGAUUCGAAGUCAGAAGAAGAACUACUACUUAGUACACAUGUAUGAAUCUCUACUUGGUCAGGCAAAGUAUGUUUUGCCAUCUCUUCGUUUGCAGAAUGGGAGCAUAUUUUCCACCAACUGGACUACGUCGAAUGAGGAUUUUCCGGAGGGGGGGGUGUAUAACUAUAAAGUUAUUUCGUCUUACCAGGAUUUACAACACGCAGGGGAAGAGAACCAUCCCUGGAACACCAUCCAUGGUAGUGGUAGUAACGAGCUAGCUGGUUCUGCUAUUAGGGCGCCCCCUCCAAACGAACAAAUCAGUCAAAGGCAAAAGGGAUCUGGCGAGGGAGAUUCCUACCACGUACCUUUUCACCAAAAGCCUAGCCAAAAUAAUGUUACCUUGAACCCGUUCGAAGUGAAGAAUCCAAGCGGACUCAACAGUGAUCAUGCAGGUUCUACGCACCAGGGGGUAACCACGGGAAGAAUUUCAACCCCAUUCAAAAGCAACCCUGGUUCAUCAUCACACGUAAGCGUAGCACUGAUGACCAAUCAGAAUGAACACAGUGAGAGGAAUGGAAGUUUCUCUCAUUUUAGUUUUUCUCCGCCACAUAAUAAUGUUGGCGUUGAGGCAGAUCAGUCUAACAUUCACCAUGAUGUCGCCAAUAGCAGGACGAGCAUCACCCCUAUGGCAAAUGUUCCCUACCCAACGAACGAUAGGAAUUCAUUUUCGUCUACCUACCACCCAGCACAAAUGGUUGUCUCGGGAGAAGGAGCAGAGUACACCCCUGUGGAAAGGGGCAUCACCUAUCAACAGUACAAUGGUGCCUACCAAAAUGAAAGCGUUCAAGGGAGUUACUUCUACAGGGGGGGUGAUUCCAUGGUAGAAGGCGCAAUAACGAACAACAUACCUGGCGGAGGUAACUCCACUGCGACAUCUUUCGAACAGAUUAGCAACACUUGUAACGGUGGUUACAAUGGGAACUGGGGCGGCGACCACGUUGGGGGGGUGGGUACCGCUGUGUGGCAAGACAAUUUCGUUCCAUACUACGGUGCGAAUUGGAAUGUGGCGUACCCAACCUCAGGAUCGUUCAACCAUACGACACAUCACGCGGUGCAACAGGUUCCACACCAGAGUUCUUACCCCUCAAGUAGUAAUAACUACCCCGCAGAGGGGGCGGUGCCUUAUGGAGGUAACGCGAAACAACCUGAACAGUCAGGUAAAAGUGGACCCCCUCAAGUAACUGAAAAAAAUACACAAAGAGAAGAAAAAAAAGUAGCAGAUCAACCACAUGAAGAAAACAACAUGGAUUUAAUCAACAUAGGAAAGUCCUUCAUUUCAGGUUUCUUCUCAAACAUAAAGGAGAAAAUAAAAAAAGUAGAACAAGCAGAGGAGGAGGAAGAGGAGAACCUUUUUUAUUAUGACUACGAGAAGAAGCGUUGGAGAGAAAGAGGGGUGACGUCUGAUGAGGAGGAAGAGCGGGAACGACAAAAAAUGCAACGCGAAAUGGAAAUGAAAAAUGUGACCCCUCCACCCCAGACUGAGAACCCUUCGAACAUGAACAAGAAGAACCCUCUGAACAUAACGGAUGUACGGAGUAGAUAUGUGGACUACUUCAACUGA